AGAAGUUAGAAUAGUUGAGCUUUUUUUACACAAAAUUAGGGCAUCACUUUUCGACUUUGAACACUUCCUCAUUUUUUUUUCAAUCACUUUCAAUUUGGAGACUGCUUUUCUCGGCUGGCAAAGUUCUCACUUUCUACAAACCUCUUUUUCAUGCUUUGUAUAAUUUGAUUCAGCGUCCGCUCUGGUGGACUCUCAUCUUAACCGCUUUCUUCCCACUCCAGUAACCUAAGUGAUUCAUAAAGAAGUUGUGUGAGUAGGACAAUUUCUACUUUUUGACUGAUAUAAGUGAGGGUGGUGUGUGUGGUUCAUGCAAAAGACACCAUGCAGCUCUAUCAUCAUCCCUAUUCCUUGGACAGCCAAAAAGUCAGGCUUGCUUUGGAAGAGAAGGGGAUUGAUUACACAUCACAUCAUGUGAAUCCCAUUACUGGCAAGAAUUUGGAUGCCUUUUUCUUCCGUAUGAACCCAAGGGCUAAACUUCCUGUUUUCCAGAACGGUUCCCACAUCAUAUAUGAUACUGUAGAGAUAAUUCAGUAUAUUGAAAGGAUUGUAGAGAAAGCGGCUUCCGGUGGCAAUGACUUAAAUGCGAGCAAUCAAGAAGUUGUGGAAUGGAUGCGUAAGAUUCAAGUGUGGGACCAUAAGUAUUUUACGCUCAUCCAUGUUCCAGUGAAGCAUCGUCUCCACAUUUCUAAAUUUUUAAGACGCAUAAUAAUUGCCCGGAUGGCUGAAUGUCCAGACUUGGCAAGUUCUUAUCAUCGUAAGCUAAGAGAGGCAUAUGAGACCGAGG